UUUUCAUUUUUUAUCAUUCUCUCAAGCCGGGGUACUCCAACAAAAGUUAAAAAUUUCAAUUAGACGAGACCAGAGUUGUUUCAGCAAUAACAUUGUGACUCAUGCAGUGCGUUAAUGUUGUACAAUUUAGUGAGGGGAUUUAAACAGUUUUCAAUAAUGAAGAUAAUCAAAGUAUGGAAUUACACUAUUUGUCUGAGACCUGACAUAUCGCGGACCGUGAUGACAGGGGCUUGGAAUUUCCUACGACUGGAAGUUGAAGAGAUUUGAUCCAACGACUCACGUGAUAAAUCAAAUAUCGCGAAAUACGGUUUCCCUUUAUUUCGCGAGAUGUCAGUCGUCGAAGACGGUUUCCGGUUGGCGGGGGCACCUUCCGAAUCUUCGCUGACCAGCAAGGCGCGGAUCGACGCCCUCUUCGAAGACACGCGUUCAGUCUGCAGCUCCACGUUGGGAGACUGGUACGCGGAGGUGAAUCUGCCCGCGAUGACGUUAGACAAUUUGGACGAAAUAGGUGCCGAAGAGCAGAAGCGAGUCAACAGCGCUGUCCAAGCUCGAAUCGAAGCCAUGUUCGCAUCCGUCGAAGCUGAGACUGGAAUCCCAGGGGAAUGCGCCGCCGCCAUAUUGCCAGUGAGAUACUUGGGAGCUGCGCCAGUUGGAGGGAGAGUAGCGAGUGUCCGCGGUCUUCAGGAACCCCUUCGAGACCUUCUGGGUCGGCUGGAAGAGUCGCUGCCAGCUGAGCUGGAGGUUUCAAGACGAGGCCUGACAUUCCGAACGAGCGAGGCGGUGGAGAAGACGAAUCCCUUCCGGAGAAUCGCGGUCUGGAGCGCGUUGCGUUUGAGGUCAAAGAGGCUGGGGUCAGGUGAGGUUCAAUUCGCCUUCGUCCCGCUGGUCGGUGACGACGCGAUUUCUCCGUCCGGAGGGGACGACAAGCACGCCGAUCUCUACCGGACGAUGAAGGGUUUGAAAAGAGGCGCACGAUCCAGUCCGCCGAUUUUUGCUGUCGUCAUGCGGCGUCCUGGCGCUGUGCGACUGCUCGAAUGUCACGCUUUCGUCUGUCAGGUCGAGGAAGAUGCUGUGGCAGCAGCCGCCACACUUUACCGGGCGCUGCUCGCCGAUCUUGAUGCGAAUCGGCAGCGACCCAGACAAGCAAAUGGCGUCGGUCGCGUCAGCUUGGCUUCCGCAGCUUCGCUGUCCUCCAGCGUCUUCCGGGACGCUCUGCCAACCGGAAGAAGCCGCCUCGGUCCUCCACCACCGAGACCGACGGCUCCGCACCCCGUUCGCCCUCCGAGGGUAAAGAAGAAUUCGCUAUCCAAGGACGAGGGGAGCUCGAGUGGUGUCGAAAAUUUGGUCGAAAGAAACGGAAAGGUCGUCGAGGUCAAGCCGGAGGACAUAUUGGAAGCCAGGAGUCGCCGGUCAUCCGUCGCCCUGAGCGCUGCUUUGCCGCUGUCGCUUACGGUCGAGAAUAACUACGUCAGUCAGAAGGUUCUUCAGGAGAACAAUAAGAACAACUCGAUCUAUGCGAAGUCGGUGACUUCAGGGCGGAAGGAGAAUCAGUACGAAAUAUUCCAAAGAAUAAACAGCAGCCGAAACGAUAUUACGGACAGCUUUCGCACUCGAGGACAUUCCGCUUCUCCGUACAGUGGAGUUGAGGCGAAAAUUCCUGGUCCUCGAACCCCCGGGAAGUUGGAUGACAGGAAACUAUAUGUUGACAAGGAUGAUCGCUUGAAUAGCGGAAUCAGACGACCGCCUUCCAGUAUCGGCGAGGAACGCGUCGGCGUAGUUAAUCAGAAUCAGGAGAAUAUGCAGCCGACGAAGAAACAGGAUUAUCAGAGUCGGACGGGCAGUGUGACGAGCGAGAGGAGUGACUUGAACGGGAUCUACAAUCAAAUAUCGGGUUCGUACAGCAUCUAUGAUCAAAAUGAGACGAACAAGCGCAGUAAAGAUCAGAGGCAAGUGUACGAGGAGCACUUCAGGGACGUCGACAAGAUUUUGACUCUGAAUCGGGACGAAGAUGAGGAGUAUAACGAAAAAGGAACGUCCAGGUACUCGAGAAACUCCGUUGUGUACAAAGGACGAAAUAGCCAAGAGACUAAAGGAGCUAAAGUCAGCGGAAGACAAUCUUCAGCGUCGAACGUCUCGCUGACGAAAUCGGCAUCCAAGAAUAUUCUCGGUUCUAACGUUGUGGAAUAUUCGCAGCCGAAACCACGAGGGAACAGCAGAGCCGGCAGUGAACCUCCGAGAAUCGGUCGGGUGGAAAAUGAUUCAGCGUUUUCCUCCGCCACGCAGCAGGAAAAUCGACUCAAGAAAGCACAAAGUGAUCUCGACUUGGACGGUGGCGACUUGCUGACUAGGGUUGAACUGCCCAGAAGAGGGAGUUUUCUCAACUAUAGCAGCGCUAGGAAACCCGAAAAAUUUCAAGGCAGCACUCCCCUAGGAUUCACAGAAUUGUUCGACGAGUUUCGGAACCAGGAAGGUCUCACCAGUGUCGACGAUAUACUAGCAGCUAUAAUUGAUCCUGAGGGAAUGUCCUUCAACGAUCUGAAGCCGCUCUAUAAGGAGUUCCUGCUGAAAUUAGCUACGACCUUGACACGCGACGAAUUGUACGAACGUUCGGCGAGUAUAAUGCGAAGGCGUCGUCGACCGCAACGAGGUCGAGCGUCGCGACGCCCUUGUCUACUUGGUCGGGCUAUAAAGCGGUCAGUUUCCCGGCUGAAAGGCGGUCCGACGGAAUUCACCUCGGUCAUUUUUCCCGCGAGAAAAUUGAACGACAGUCUGGGUAGCAGUUCGUCCUGUGACGUCAGAAAUACCAGGAAUCGAGUCCUCACCAGUAAACUAAACCGCAAAAGAUCUUCCAGAUGCCGUGCGAAGGCCGCCAUUGGACAUACAACCUCCGAAGACAGCGAUACUUGCAGACGUUUCGGCAGAAUAGUAGCAGCAAACCGAAGUAGCAGCGGAUACGUGAGCUGCAGUGAAUGCAGCUACGAUUCAGAGUCGUGCACGUGCGUCUCUGCGGACAAAUGUUACUGUUCUUUGUCGCGUCGCGUAUCAGCGCCGGAAAUUCCCGUCGCAACGGUCAUGUGUUCGUGUGACACGGACAGUUGUUCGGAAAGCAACAAGUGCUACUGCGCCCGAAAACUGCCCGUCCGACAGCCGACCAUUCUCGAACAACUCAGACAGCACGGCAUUGUCCCGUCGGAAAGCACCUUGAGUCGCGCUGGCAGUCCGCAGGUAGUCAGAACCGUGAGAACAAACAAAAGUUACUCCUCAUCCAGGAGCUUGGAAUUCCAUAAGAUUCGCCCGAGGGCAAAUAGUUCAGAUAAUCUGGCUUUGGACUACGACCUUUUCAGUCCGGGUAAAAACCCUCGGUCGACAUCUUCGAACAGAGAUAAGGUGUUGGUAGUCGGCGCAAGAGAUCCGCAAGGUCGUUUAAUCUACGUUGGAGGCACCGGAAGAGGAAAGCGAGCUGCUGCCAGUGAGACUGGAAGAUCGAGAGCGCACCACGAAGCACUGUCGAUAAAAAAAAGUGCCGAGAUUGCCGCGGUAUUUGGCAGUUCUGCUAAGGUUGGGAGAAGAGCCAGCAACGCGUCGAGCUUGAAAAGUUCAGCGAGCAUGGAGGCUGGACUUGGUUACCUACCUUGACGCAAUUACUAUUAUAAUUGCCGAUUUUUCUGUACAUAAUACUACGAAAAUUCGUGCAUUAUGCCAGUUUGUAUAGAUGGAAAAUUCGACGACUUACCAGCACAAGAUCGGCUUU